UGUUAUCUAGUGUAGUGCUGAUGUAUGGAGUGAGGGGAGGGGUGUGUGGUAUCAUUUGGCUGGUGUGUCAGGAGUGUGACUGACUGGGCGUGAGUGUCACAUGCCAUCACACAACUGACAACUCCGCGCUUCCCCAGAAAGACGCACCAAAAUCAGCCAUUAAACAUCUCUGGACCUGCAGGAGACGGGCGACAAUGGCGACGAGUGACAAGCAGGCAACUCUAGACUCGUGGCUCAACCAGGCGACAGACCCAAACAAUCAGGAGGACAGAUGGGACUGCAUCCAGGGCUUCUACCAGCUGGUCAACCAAGAGACUGAUGGCCCACAGGUAGCCGUACGCCUUCUUGUCCAUAAAAUCCAGUCGCCACAGGAGAAACAGGCUCUGCAGGCUCUCACUGUUCUUGAGGCAUGUAUGAACAACUGUGGAAAGAGUUUCCACAGCGAGGUGGCCAAGUUUCGCUUUCUCAAUGAGCUCAUCAAACUUUUAACACCAAAGUACUUUGGCGCGUGGACACCACAGAAAGUUAAGGACCGAGUGACGGAGGUCCUCUACGGCUGGACUCUUUGGCUUAAAGAAGAACCUAAGAUUCAGGAAGCUUACUGCAUGCUCAAGAAACAAGGUAUUGUAAAGAAAGAUCCCAAGCUACCAGACACAGUUAUAAUGGCACCUCCAACGCAAAGAACCACAGACUCUGUUUUUGACCAGGAGGACAAGGCCAAGCUUUUAGCCAGAUUAUUAAAGAGUGCUCGCCCUGAAGACCUGGAAGCUGCCAAUAGACUCAUUAAAAGCACCAUCAAAGAGGAGCAGGAGAAGGCAGAGAAAGUGUCAAAGCGUGAAUCUACUCUGGAGGAAGUACAGCGCAGCACCAAACAGCUCAGAGAGCUGCUGCACCAGCACACCAUCACUGGAAACUCGUUACAGCCCAGUGAUGACUUAAAGGCCCUAUAUGAGCGCUGUGAUAGGCUGAGGCCCAGCUUGUUCCGCCUCGCCAGCGACACGAUGGACGACGACGUAGCUCUGACACAGAUCCUGGCGGCUAACGACGAGCUAACGCUUGUAGUAAACUCCUACAAAGACCGAGUGGGGCAGAGAGAGUGUAACGGUGGAAGGGAAAGAAGUAGAAGCGAAGAGAAUAAAAAUAAUGUUCCAGAGAGUCCCAGAGAGAUUAAAAGCUACCACCUCAUUGAUCUGUCGGCACUGGACUCCCCACAGACGCACCGAAAAAAUGUUGAUUCUCCACCAGCCUUUGAAUCCUGUUCACCCAUGUUUUCCUCUCUUCUGGAAAGUACCUUCCACUCAGUGGCUGACCGGGACUUAAAUGAAUUAGAGUUAGAUCAUCUGGUCUCAAAGCAGACUCAAGAGACUUCAAGGUCCUAUUAUGAAGAACUGCUGCAGCUUAAUGGCGAGGCUCAGAUGAAGAAGAAUGCUGAGCAGAAUGGAGGGAGAGGUGUUGUGUUGAGAGCCCGGGGGUGUGGAGGGAGCAGUACUACAUCCAAUGGGACUAACAUCUGGUCGCUUCCUUACCAUCAACAGUUUACAGAGUCAGGGUCAACGUCCCAGUCGCAGGAACAACUCACUGAAGUGUCGAGAUCUCCAGUGAAAGUAGAGGAGAGCUUGUUUACCCCCCAACUCCUGAAAAACAUCUUUGUUCCCAUGGAGACCAUCAAACCCAGUCAUCUUGAGCCGAUCACUUUGUAUGAUCAGGGCAGCGUCCGAGUAUCCCUCCAUUUUGCCAAAGACUCCCCGCCUGGUUAUCCAGGUGUCGCUGUGGUCGUCAUCUCCACAGUAAACACAUCUGCCCUCGAUGUGAAAGACUUCCUGUUUCAAGCUGCUGUUCCAAAGACCAUGUUGGUGAAACUUCAGCCAGCCUCAGUGACACACCUGCCUCCUUACAACCCUCUCCUGCCUCCACCCGCCAUCUCCCAGGUCCUCCUGUUGGUUAAUCCUCACAAACGAAAGGUGCGUCUACGCUACAAGUUGACACUGACACAUGGAGACCAAAAGCUGGACGAGACCGGAGAGAUUGACAACUUUCCUGACUGGACCACUUUGACGUGCCACUAAAAAAAACUUCAGUAACUUGGAAU